AUGGAGGAAGAUGCGCCUUCCAGUGAGAGGGACUUUGCUCCAAUGGAGCCUGUUCGAACAUUACCUUACAACUAUGAACAGGAUAUUGAGUUGGAUGGGACUAUAGAAGGAGUAAGAGUGGUAGAUCACUUAGUGGGAGAGGAAGGGCAAGACUCAGCCGAUGAAGGAGGUGUUGCUGCCGAACGCAACUUCGAUAGAUACAUGCGUGGAGAAAUCGAGUAUAACGAGUAUAUGCGCUUGACUGGUGGACAAACUGUUGAAGAAGAAUUAGAAGAAGGUCAUUUGGAGGAUGAAGAGGAUGAGGAAAAUGAUAUUGAUGACGAAGAUGAUGAAGAAGACAUCACUGGGGAUGAUACCUGCGAUGAAAUGGCUGUUAAGAGAGAAGUAGGAUCUUUCGAUGUCGUCAAAAGAGAGAGAUAUCAAGAGCCAACGGAUGAAUAUAUCACCCCCAGUUCUAAAGCCAGUGAACUUCCUGCUCAUGUAAGGCAUAUAAUGAAUGAGGUUGUCAAUGAAGACGCCAAUCAUGAGGUUAUGGCUCCAAGUCGAUCGGAAAGGGAACGAAUCCCUAGAAAGUUGAGUAAAACAAUGGAUGCCUUAUUGGGUCAAGCAAAUCUUAUAUAUGCUCGUGGUCAAACAAAAGAAGCCUUGACUAUGCUUCUCGAGGUUAUUCGACAAGAGCCUAGAAAUGCAAUCCCUUAUCAACAAGUCUCAGACAUAUAUGGAGAAUUGGGAGAUCAAGAAAAGAGUUUACAAUAUGGUCUACUAUCAGCGCAUCUGGACACUCGUACUUCAGCUGAAACUUGGUCGAGGUGGGGAGAGUUGUCCAAAGAGUUAAAACUCCUACAAGAGUCUGCGGCUUGUUUCGGCAGGGCAAUUAGGGUAGAACCUCAGAACUGGCAUCACUAUGAAAAGCGAAUUGAAUGCCUGGAUGAGUUAGGUCUCAGGCCCAUUUCUAUGAAAACAAGAUUACAAGCAGCUCAGAUGAUUAGUCAUCAGGAUACUGGUUUGGACUUCGAAUGGUUUCACUCUUUGAUUAAAGCUGUUGCACAAUACUACAUAAUGAUCAACGAUGAGGACAGAGCCAUCUCUGCUUUAGAAGCUUUCGUGUUGAGGAGUAAAGAGUUCGGAAAAACUGCGGAUGGCCAGCAUGAAACUCUAAUUGGGAUGUGGAUGUCGAAAAAUAGAUAUACAGAAGCUGCCAAGUCUAUCCUAGCUCUGUGUGAAGGAAUUCGAGUGCUCUCUCCCGAACAGGAAGAGAAUGUUUUGAAUAUCACUCUAUCCAACGGCACAUAUGCUGUAGAUCCUUUCCCACCUCCAGAGAAGUCGGUCUUCUCUCUCGAUGAAAACUUCAGUAUUAUAACCCUUACUCGUCUCAUAGUUUGUUUCAUUGGAAUUGAUCAGAUUGGAUUAGCUUCAAGUUUGAAAGAACUCUUACUAGCACGAAACUUGUCCAGGAAAGGAGAAGAGCCAUAUAUCCUAGAUGUUGCAAGAGCUUAUUACAAUGUUGAAGCGUUCAAAGUGUGCAAGGUUUUCCUAGAGCAGUUGCAAGAGUGGCAUAAUUUGUAUGAAAACGAUGAACUAUGGUUCAUAUAUGGAAACACGCUUUCUGUGUUACGAGAUAAUGGCGCAAUGGAAGCCUUCGAAAGGGCUCUGCAGCUUAAUCCUUCCCAUGUAGAUGCUCGUAUCAAUCUCUCUACUCUGCAGCAGAAGGCUGGUGACACGGAGAAAGCGUUGGAAACCUUACAAGGAUAUGAUCUUGAUACGUGCACUCACCUUCCGGAUGAGCGUUUACUUAUAAGGCAAGCAGAUGUGUUAUUUGAACAAAAAAAGACUGAUCAGUUUGUUCGAUGUGUGCGGAUGCUACUAACCCCUCAUUUCUACGAAAUCCACAGACAGCCAGAUCUCCUGCAUAAACGUAGGCAAAGUAAAACGAUAUCAGGAAUCCAGCUUAGCAACACUUUGAGAGUGGUUGCAAUGAAUACAAUUCAAAAUUCAAGCUUUGAGAAGUUUGUCAAAAGGUUGGGCUCGAUCGCUGCCAAGGAAGGCAGAUGUACUGAUGACAUUGAUCCUAUCAUGCUACAUGACUACUGCUUGAAAUUGAUAGAGUGCUUCAUGAGUGUAGAGAAGUAUCAUGACAUGUUGAUAGUAUGUUGUUAUGCCUUCCUUCAACCUCGCUUGAACAAAUUCAAAAAGUCAUCGAACUUCCAAAACAUUCUUUAUUUCGCAGCCAUCAAAGCAAACAGUUGGGCUUUGGCUUUUGAAUAUGUCAGAUGGUUCCACACAAUUAUGAACUCACCUAAUGGAAGCCACGUUGUGGCAAUAGAGAAAAAAGAUAUUCUUCACAAACGGAUCUUUAAUGCCAUGAACUAUGUCUUUUGUCAUUCUCAGAACGUUUCCUACCAUAGAUAUAUCAUGAGAGCAUUGGCAAAGACUCCGGAGAACCAAGCAUUGCAGACGAUUUCUGGAAACAACUCAUUAAUCACUGGCACAUAUCGCCAUGCCUUAGGAGAGUACUUACGAGUGUGGAGUACAGAUAAAAAAAAUCCCCUAAUAUCACUUUUACUAGCACUUACCUUUACACACAUGUCAUGUAAGAAAGACUUGAGUAGCAGACAUAUGAUCGCUGUCAGGGCUAUUGGGUUCAUGAAAGUUUAUCAGAAGAAUAGGACUUGUCAACAAGAAGUAUAUUACAAUAUUGCCCGGAUGUUUCAUCAAAUGUCUAUAACACCCAUUGCCAUACACUACUACGAAAAAGUAUUAAGCGAACCUUCACCUAUUAUCAGUAUUAUUGAUGAGGAAGGAAAUGAGAAGUUCGAACGCGUGAAAAGAUAUAAUUUGGAGAAGCUUGCUGCUCACAACUUGGCCUUGAUAUACAGGAGUAGUGGGAAUGACUAUUUAGCACGCAAAAUGUACGAACAGUAUGUUGUUAUAUAA